CCCGUGUGGCCUUCAUCAAGCUACAAAGUCCCAACUCCCGGAGGACCAGCGCCUCCUCCCUCUCGUGCCCUCCCUUCCCUCCGCUCGUCGCCCGGAAAAUUUGCCCCGAAACUUUCAAAUCACCCGGCAAAAUCAAAAAAUUUCCCCAAUCUUCCCCGCACGGCGCGCCUGCCCGUCGUCUCCCUCCCGCUCCCACCCUUAUCCGCUCCUCCCUCCCUCCCUCCCACCCCCGCCUCCUUCCCUCGCAAGCCAGCGCCAAUCCCAUUCCAAUUCAAAAUUUCUCCCAAUUCCCCCACGCCCCUAUAAAUCCCCCUCCGUCCCAUCCAUUCCGCACACCGAAAUCUCCCAAUCCCCCACCUGAAAACCCUCUAAUCCUCCAAUCCCCAACCCCUAAGCCACCCGCCGGUUGGACAGACGAUGCCGGCGGUGCCGACGCUUGUGCCCGCGUGCGACGCGGAGGAGCCGCUUCUGGCGGAGUCGUCGGACCGCUUCUCCAUGUUCCCUAUCCGUUUCCCGCAGAUCUGGGAGUUCUACAAGAAGGCGGUGGCCUCCUUCUGGACGGCCGAGGAGGUGGACCUCUCCGCCGACGCGCGCCACUGGGACGAGGCGCUAUCCCCCGACGAGCGCCACUUCAUCUCCCACGUGCUCGCCUUCUUUGCCGCCUCCGACGGCAUCGUGCUCGAGAACCUCGCCUCCCGGUUCAUGUCCGACGUCCAGGUCGCCGAGGCGCGUGCCUUCUACGGCUUCCAGAUCGCCAUCGAGAACAUCCACUCAGAGAUGUACUCGCUGCUGCUCGAGACCUACAUCCGCGACGGCGCCGAGAAGGACCAACUCUUCCGCGCCAUCGACACCGUCCCCGCCGUGCGCCGCAAGGCCGAUUGGGCCAUGCGCUGGAUCGACGGCGGGGAGCGCUUCGCUGAGCGCCUUGUCGCCUUCGCCUGCGUCGAGGGCAUCUUCUUCUCGGGCUCCUUCUGCGCCAUCUUCUGGCUCAAGAAGCGCGGACUCAUGCCUGGCCUCACCUUCUCCAACGAGCUCAUCUCCCGCGACGAGGGUCUGCACUGCGACUUCGCCUGCCUCAUCUACGACCUCCUCCGCAGCAAGCUCGACGAGGCGCGAGUCCGCGAGAUAGUCGCCGACGCCGUCGACAUCGAGCGCGAGUUCGUCUGCGACGCGCUCCCCUGCGCGCUCGUCGGCAUGAACGGCGAUCUCAUGAGCCAGUACAUCGAGUUCGUCGCCGACCGCCUGCUCAUGGCGCUGGGGCACAAGAAGAUGUACAACGUCGCCAACCCCUUCGACUGGAUGGAGCUCAUCUCCCUGCAGGGCAAGACCAACUUCUUCGAGAAGCGCGUCGGCGACUACCAGAAGGCCUCCGUCAUGAACAGUCUCAAUGGCGGCAACGCCGGCAACCUCGUCUUCAGCAUCGACGAGGACUUCUGAACGCGUAAUCUAUUCCCAUAAUCUUGUUUGCCUGGUCUUGGUCGCUUGCUAGUACAUGCACUGGGUGAUGCGUGGUGUUUCGGUCGCUGUGUUACUGGAUCCUGUUCGUGAUGUAAUGUAAUCACUCAAGUUGAUUUCUGAA